AUGCAUUUCUCCAUCAUCACCUUGAUCGUCGCCACCGCCUCCCUGGUGGUCGCUAACCCAGCACCAUCGUCCCAGUGCGGCACCUGCAAUCCCAUCUCAGGCAAGAACGGGUGUGAUCCCUCAACUUCGUGCAUCAACACGGGAACAUCCUUCCACUGCGCCUGUCGUGCUGGCUUUAAGGCAUCUCAGUACGACAACGACGUGUACAAUCAGUUCCGCCUGCCGAUGCCGAACUAUGAGUUCCUUGUUUUCGUUCCUGAGCACACGACUUGCAACACCCCGUGUAAUGAUCCGUAUGCUGCUCCUUCCGAUCUUUGCAAGGAGGUCAAGCUUCAGCACCGGUGCGCGGCUUAG